AGUCUCUUCUUCCAUCACAAAAAAACCGGCAAAAACCUCUCUCUGAGCUCCAAUGGCGGGCCUUGCAGUGAUAAGAGUCGGAGGCAAAGGCUUAUCUCUCUCCUCCUCCGCCGUCUACGCCGUCGCCAAUGCCCUCGCUCACGUCACUAUCGACUCUUCCGCCCUCGACAGACUCUCCUCCUCCUCCUCCGCCAAUCUCAAGCCUUACCAGCUCGUCUCUCUCCUCCCUUCCUUCCCGUCCGUCCAAGAAUCCAGAGCCUCCCUCGUUGUCCUCCUCGCCAAGCUCCUCUCCCUCAACAUCCGUACGGUUCUCCCGGUUCGGAUCGCCGCCGCCAUAAAUUCCGGCUCCACUCAAGACCUGGGGCUCGAAACCCUCGAUUUGACCGAAGAGGAGGCUCUUGCGUUGGAGAAGCUCAAAGAUUCGUCUGCUUUGUACGGCGUCUGUGCGCUUCUGGACCACCAAUCGGCGGCUCUGUCCACGGUUUCGGACGCCGUCGCGGCGCUUUCUUGCGAGGCGUUGAAGGCCGACGUGGCGGGGUUUAAUUCGGUCGACGCCGGGGACGGGUACGCCGCGAAGGAGGUGAUCGGAGUUGCUAGUGAUUUGAAGGUUUUGUUGAACGGGUCGAAGUUAGUCGGCAAGGUUGAGACUGAAGCUGUAUCGGAGAUUCCGAAAAUUCACGCAAGUCUGAGAGUGCAAGUGAAAUUGGUGCAUGCUAAGACUAGGGAGGAGCUGAAUUCUGGAGCCAAAGUAGGGAAAGGUGGUUCCCGGAGCGCCAGGUCGGAGAGGACGGCAUUGUUGGCGUUGGCGGCGGCGCUGUUUGACUUGGGGGAUUACAGUCUCCGGCGAGCGAAGUUGGAUUUGGAGGCAGUGGGGAGUGAGAGUUUGUGUUUGAGAUUGGUGGAGUUGUUUGGGAAGCAAUGCCCUAGUGGUGAAAGCUUGAGAGGUGGGCUUAAGUUGGUUCAGGAGUUGGCUUUCGAAGAGGAAGAGAAUUAUGUUAAGUUUGCGCAUGCAGUGAAUGUGUUGAUGGAGCUUGUAUGGAAGAUUGUGACUUGGGAGGCAAUAGCAGUGUUUGUGGCGCUGGAGGGAGCAGAGUUGACUGGGAAGGGUCAAGGAGGUGAAGUGAAUGGAGAAGUGAAUGCGAAAACAGGGAAGAAGAGUGAGAAGAAGAAGAAGGCGGUUUUGGGGAAAGGGACAACUGUUAUGGUACAGUUGAUUAAAGAUAAGCUGCAGGGUGAGGGAGGAAAUGCUGUUGAUAGUUCAGAGUUGUUGGAAAAUUGGGUCAAGGAGCUUUUAUUGUUUUUGGACCCGAAGAGCUCUGAGUUUGAUGGGUUGUUGAACAAGGUGAAGGAGAUAGUAGAAAGCAAUGAAACUAGAAGACUCCCAAAGCUUCCAAAGGGUACUCGUGACUUUGCAAAAGAACAAAUGACAAUAAGAAAGAAAGCAUUUUCGAUAAUAGAAGAUGUUUUUGAGAGGCAUGGUGCCACAGCUCUGGAUACUCCAGUUUUUGAAUUGAGAGACACUCUCAUGGGCAAAUAUGGGGAAGACUCGAAAUUGAUUUAUGAUCUUGCUGACCAGGGAGGAGAGCUUUCCUCACUGCGAUAUGAUUUAACUGUUCCAUUUGCUAGGUAUGUUGCUAUGAAUGGUAUCACAUCCUUUAAAAGGUACCAAAUAGCAAAGGUCUACAGAAGAGACAAUCCCUCUAAGGGUAGAUACCGUGAGUUCUACCAAUGCGACUUUGAUAUUGCUGGCCAAAGUGAAAAAAUGGGACCAGAUUUUGAGGCUGUCUAUGUGCUUACAGAACUUCUUGAUGAGCUGAAUAUUGGAGACUACGAGGUUAAGUUAAAUCACCGAAAGUUGUUGGAUGGAAUGUUGGAAAUAUGUGGAGUGCCUCCUGAAAAAUUCAGAACUAUUUGUUCUAGUAUUGACAAGUUAGACAAGCAGUCAUUCGAGCAAAUAAAAAAAGAAAUGGUGGAGGAGAAGGGCUUAAGUGUUGAGACAGCCGACAGAAUUGGCACUUUUGUGAAAGAGCGGGGACAUCCUUUGGAAUUGUUAUCUAAGCUUAAACAGGAGGGCAGCGAGUUCUUGGAGAACAAUUCAUCUAUAGAUGCACUGAAUGACCUGGAGAUCUUGUUCAAAUGUUUGGAAAAGUCACAGUGUAUUGGAAAAGUGGUUUUUGACUUGAGUCUUGCAAGGGGUCUUGAUUAUUAUACUGGAGUCAUAUAUGAAGCUGUUUUCAAGGGUGGUGCGCAGAUGGGUUCCAUUGCUGCUGGUGGACGAUAUGACAACCUUAUAGGGAUGUUCGGUACAAAGCAAGUUCCAGCAGUUGGUGUCAGCCUUGGAAUUGAGCGAGUAUUUGCUAUAAUGGAGCAGCUUCACAAAGACCAGAAUCAGACAACCCGGGCAACCAAGACUGAGGUCCUAGUGAGUAUAUUAGGGGAUGAUAUAGGACUAGCAGCAGAGCUAUCAGGUGAGUUGUGGAAGGGAAAAGUGCAAGCAGAAUUCUUGGUCAAUAAGAGAGUGACGAAGCACUUUGAUCGAGCAAAGGAUUCUAAGAUUCCCUGGAUGAUAAUUGUGGGUGAAAAAGAGCAGAAUGAAGGGGUUGUUCGAUUGAAGAACAUUGCAGCUGGGGAAGAAGUCGUAAUUCAGAGAAGUGAUAUUGUUGAAGAACUUAAGAAGCGGUUGAAUGCAUGAUAGUUCCAUUUGUGAAUGUGCAUAGAAGAACCUCGAGCCUGAUUUCCGUUCUAAAUUUUCUAUGUUUAUGUAGCCCUUUCUAAAUCAUUUUAUAAGAACUUUUGGGUAGCAAAACAAGCAUACCCCAUUUUGUUAAAGAUGUUAAAAUACAUUUUGUUAAAGGUGUUCAGAUAGUGAUUUAUGUUGCUA